ACCUACUGCAUGCGCUAUUCUCGAACGCUGACAUGCAAUGCAGCUGGCAACGCUGAAUGAAUGUUGAUCUACGACAUCUCGAGCUGUGCUUGUAAUUCCGGGUAGGCCUAAAAGAGGAGACCUAUCCGACCGAAGACACUGGCCGCUGGUCAGCUGAUGUCAUCUCAUCAAUAGACGGUCAAUCAGUGGGCCUACGUGCAUGCAUUACAAAAAGGGGCAAGCUAGAUUCAACAACUCAGAGCUUAGAUUGAAGGUGUGUGUACAUACCAGUCAGAUUUCAGCAUCCUCAUGAUGGACGAGUCGGAAGUCAGUCUCAGUUUGCUGGAAUUUUGCCAUCAGCUUCCGAAAGUGGAGCUGCAUGCUCAUCUAAACACAAGUUACAGUGUGGACUCCUUACAUGAGCUGAUUGCUCUCGGUGGGCAGACAGGUGACCACAGUAUAGAAGAGCUGCACAUUUCUUCUCACAAAGAAAUUGAUGGGAGUUUCCUACUCUUCUCCAAAAUUCAGCAACUAGUUCGAACAGAGGAAGCUGUAUACACACUCACACACAGAGUCAUCACAGAAUUUGCCCAGGACAAUGUCAAGUACCUGGAACUUCGAUCUACCCCUAAAGAAAUUCCUGAGACAGGCAUGACACGAGAACUGUACAUACGCACAAUGCUUCGUGCUGUGAAAGACUGUGAGAGAGAAGGACUGGACAUAGUGGUCAGGCUGCUGGUCUCUAUUGACCGGAGGCACGGGGUCAAAGUCGGAGAGCUUACAGUUGAUCUGGCUGAGAAGCUCAUGAAAGAGUCUGGGGGCUUGGUCAUUGGGCUUGAUCUCAGUGGUGACCCUAGGGUGGGUAAUGCUGCAGACUUCAUUCCUAUCUUGUUAGAUGCUCACAGCAGAGGACUGAAACUGGCAGUUCAUCUGGCUGAGUUGCCUUUGUACGAGGAGACAAAAAAAGUGUUGCGAUCCUGUGCUGCUAAAUGUGAUCUUCGUGUUGGACACGGCACUUACCUACAUCGUUAUGACCAGGGCAUGGGACAUGAUGAAAUGGAGGACUUGGUAAUCAAGGAAAAAGUACCCAUAGAAGCCUGUAUUACUUCAAACCUAUUAACAAUGACUGUGGAUAACCUCGAGCAGCAUCAUUUCAAGUACUGGCUGGAUAAAUCUCAUCCUGUUGUACUUUGUACUGAUGGAAAAGGAGUUUAUGGCAGUAAACUUACAGAGGAAUAUUUCAAGGCAGCGGAAGCAUUUGCUUUGGGCAAAGACAGAUUAAAGCAGUAUGUGGUCUCCACCAUUGACUACAUUUUUGACAAUGAGCAAAUGAAGGAGCAGCUUCGGACUCAAUUUCGUGCUGCAGUUAAUACACUUCAAUAGACUUACAGAGCUGCAUAUUAUUCAGUCAAUUAUCAAAAUGUUGUCAAUCAUGUGUACCGAGUGAUUCUGUUCUAACAUUAUACUGAAUUUCCAACUGUUGAGAUACAGUAGUUUCUGCCCUACUAUAUGCUAAAUGUGAUAAAAGGGCUCAAAUACCGGUACAUUCUUUUGUCUUUUGGCCGAUUUUAAAAUAUAAAUUUAUACACAUUUUUUGUGUAAUGCAAUGUUA